CUCUCUAUUUGAUGUAUUUCUAUGCCGGAGGUCCCCGGUCGGCGCUGUGUUUGACUACAUGGAUAAGUUAGCUUUAAGCUAACCCCGCAAUGGACCAUGUCCCCAGUUUUUGCUCCUCAGAAACUUCUGAAGAAAACGGGGAAGAAACCUGCGACGGUUCCUCGGUAGAAGACGGAUUUGUGGACGCUUUUGGUGACCUGGCUGCCCUCCCGGUCGAGGUUGGAGAGCGAAGACCGACGUGUUUUCGGUGCCGGUGAGCUGAAUUAAAGUGAAGCUAAUGCUAGCUAGCCCAAUUAGAAUGAGUGGAGCAGGCAGGGAAGAAACCCCUCAUCCCAUUCCCUCAGUCUCUUCCUCUCCUCCUCUUCAAAAUACUGGCAUGUGUUAAUGAAGGCACAGAUGUAUAUGUCGUUAUACAGAAAGAUGGGGGAUAAUAAAUGAGCAUUCACCGUCACGUCUUCAACUUUCCUCCCCUGUAGUCGCCCUCAGAAGGUGUGUCUGUGUCCUUUUCUCCCAACUCAACCCCUGGAGGUCUCCACCUGUCUCUACGUAGUGCAGCAUCCUGCAGAGGUAAAGUCGACUCAGAUCACGCUCAUAUUGACACAUAUGAUUGCCGUUUAAUGCACAUGCACAUUAUCAAUACAAACUUUAAGAGCACUGAAGGACAGGAUCAUGAGUCUGUGCAGAGUCCUCAACUGGUUUCAGAGUACUUUCUUUAAUAAGAACUAUUUUGAAAAUGUUACUAAAGUCAGGACAAAAAGAUUAAUAAAUUUGCAAACAGCACUAAAUGACACCAAAAAUUAUUUAAUUGAUCAAAAUGAAGUAACUAAAGAGCAAUGCCAAUAAAUAUUCAAGAUGUAAUGGGAAAAAAAACAAGUUAAUUAUAUUAACUUGUAUUAAUUAACAAGUUAGUUAAUUUUACGCAGAGAUAUUCCUGCGUAAAAUUAAUUUAGGGUCAAACACACCGUAACACCGAGUUAGACACCCCCUCAAGAGAUAAAUGUUGCCGACCGCUUGCUUCACUAGUUAUACCAACUCAAGUAAUGACCGCAGGAUAGCAAUAUACAGCGGUCUGAGGGGCCAUACACAAACCUCAACCAAAACGCCACUCUGUAGCCACAAAUAAUGCUCAGAACAGCACCAAACUUCAUCAACAGUACAUAUAGGGUCCCAGCCAUAGCACUAGUCAUCAAACAUCUUUUUAGCUUUGCCUGAUUUCUUUAGCAAAGAGACUAAACACAACUCACCUGCUCUCUUUCAGCAGCCGCUUGUUUGUAGCAAGACCUCGGGCCAGUCCAUUACGGACUGCUGUGGGGUGACGCAGCUCAAGGAAGAACAUUUAUGAUCAUUACUUAAUCAUUUCCUUGAAGUAACAAUCACCAUAUUAAUAAUUUUGCACUGCAGAUAUGGUAGUUCUGCCUUAGCGUCUCGGUCUGAUUGCAUUUCCAUGAAGAAAUUAUCAUAAAGGUUCCUCCUUGAGCUGUGUCACCCCGCUGCAGUCCAUUUGUUUGUGGUUUGUUUAUGGCUCCUCAGACAGCUGUGUAUUGCUAUUAGGGCUGAAACGAUUACUCGAGUAACUCGAGUAACUCGAUUAAUAAAAUUCCUCGAGGCAAAUUAUAUGCCUCGAGGAAUCGUUUAAAUCCGGAACCAUGUGCAGCGCACGGUGUUUGACACGGACGGUUAUUUCUGUUGCGCAGAAGCGUGCUCUUUCCGCUCCUUCCGCUGCCGCGCGUUUGGUUCAAUCAUGGAGGGAAACGAGGACAGACAGAAGCUGUGUCCGAAAUGGCAUACUGCCUGCUAUCUACUUACCUACUCAAGCAGUAGCUACUGCCUACUGACUACUCAAAGAUGAUUUGAGUAUGCCGCGGCUGCCCGAGCGUUUACACACAUACAUACUAAAUACCCCAGAAUGCAUUUCGUGCCGGCCGGACGCAGCGCCGGGAAAAUUUAAAUAGUCCUACCACAAGCUACAUAGAACGACUGCAUACCGGACAAAUUAUAUAAAUUCAUUCAAUAAUAAUAUUUUUUUUUAGCGAGAAAGUAAGUGUUUACAUCACGAUUAUGAGCCCAGUUGUUUGAAAUAGUGGCUGUUUGUAAAUUUGUCUCGGCGUUUUCGGAGACCGAAGCGUCCACUUGGUCGGUGUUUGCGUCUAUUUACCGUAAACACCGGGCAGCAGCAGCUCCCCCUUCACGUUUCCAAAUUAUUGCGAAGUGUUUUCAUAAUCAACAUCUACACGACACAAACCGGGCGGCAGUGGAUGAAAAAAAUCACACAAACAUCCGUGUAUCCAUGGUGAUAAUGCUAUACACCACCUGCUAGGCGUGUGAUGAGCAGCAGAGGGCUGCAAAAUGACCAACACACAACAACAUGUAAAUAAAAAUGUAACACUUUUAUAUAUUGAAUAAAUGUACAUCUGCUUGUCAAAUUAUGUUAGUAUCCAAGAAUUAUAUUAUUUCAGCCUAUUAAUUAAACAAGUAAAAUUAGAUCCAAAGCCUGGAAAUAGUUGUGACUGGUUUAGUGAAAACUGCAAAGAUCAUUACCAUAGCAAUUAAAAGACCAUCUGCAGACCUUGCCUUCAGUAGUUUCAUGUGAACUACAUGGUAAAAUGUAAAACUUUUGGUUCCUGAUUUAUGCAGUAAAAAUAUUCAUUUGAAAGACCUGGCCUAUUUCAGUUUUGUGUCUUACUGAUGGUUUUUAAUGAGGCAAACGUGAUUCAAUGCAAAGUAUUACAGUGAGAGCAAAACAUUUCUUAUCCGAUUACUCGAUUAAUCGACAGAUUAAUCGAUAGAGUACUCGAUUACUAAAAUAAUCGAUAGCUGCAGCCCUAAUUGCUAUCCUGCGGUCGUUAUUAAAGUUGGUAUAACUAGAGAAGCAAACGUUCAUCUCUUGAGGGGGUGUCUAACUCGGUGUUACUGUGUGUUUGACCCUAAAUUAAUUUUACGCCAGAAUAUCCCUUUAAGGGGGAAAUUAUAGAGCAGUUUCUCCUAUACUGGCAUUGCAAAUUUAAGUACAGUAGAGAGUUUGAAUUGGCUGUAAAAUUAAAAGCAUGUGAGACUAAUCAAGUGUACCUCACUGAAAUACGAGUGAAACUUAAGGCAGGGUUAGUUCAUUUAUAAAGCUACAUUCAUGCAUUCAUUUCCACCCGAGAGCACAAGUAACUUACAAACCCCAUGGCUUAAGUGUCAGCAGUGUGGGAGUAUUUUAAACUCGGAAACAGUCGAUCAGGUGCUUGCAUUAUAUACUAUAGGGUGUCUAGUGUUAUAGAAAGAGCCCACUCUAUCUUGACUUUUAGUUUCCAAACUCAUGGUCCACCAAAAAAAAACUUCAACAUGUUCAAAUCACUGUAAAAAAAACCCCAAAAAAACAAUGUUUUGUGUGACGCUCCAACUAUCUCCACACAAAUAAGACAGUCACCUCACCUGUAUAAUAAAUAAGCAUGCAGUUGAAGAUGGUGUGCCCCCCUUAAGCAACAGAGGAAGAGGCUGUUGUGCCAAAGCAUCAAACUCAGGACUUAAAAAGGAAGGAUGAGCAUCCUUGAGAGAGUGAGUGAGGCUGAAUUUAUUGCUUCAGAAACCAGCUCAUCUUAGCAGACUGCAGGUUUUUGCUGCCCUUGGGAUCCACAGUAUGUCCUCAACCCUACAUUUCAGACACAGCCCUUUCAGAGCUACACAGCAAAGUCUGUGACAAGAGUUUUAGAGCAUAAAUUUGGAGCCAAAUACUAUAAUAUAACCUUAAAUAAGUUAAAGUAUAUUUGAUUUGGAAUCGUCUUUAGUCUUUGUUAAAAUAACUCAAUCAUUAAAUCAAUAUUAACCUUGAAAAAAUGUGAUCAGGGUGAUCAAUGAUGCUGUUUAUAACUUUAAACACUACUGGCAGGUGGCUUUAAAAGAGUCUGUCUGAUCCACUCAGUCUAACCUCUGGUUGACUUUCAGGAGAGCAGAGUCCUCCGCACAGUGCCUCUACUCGCUGCUUGUUUGCCACAAGGAAAGUGCAACGUCAUAGUCGGACGCAGAUUCAAUGAAGAAAAGUGAGCUGUUUAUUUUGCUUGUAAACUGAUCUCCCGGUUUUCCAUCUUUGUCUCUAAAGAUUCACGGGUAAUUAUCUCCUCUCUCCUCAGGCAUCCAGAGCUGGCUGCAGUAUGUCGGGACAGCCGAACGCUGAUCCUGUACCCGGGCCCAAAAUCCCAGAACCUGGAGGAGUUGGUGCAAUACCAGGAAGUAGGAAGUGUGAAACAUAAUGUGAUCAUCAUAGACGGCACGUGGAGCCAGGCCAAAAACAUGUUCCUCAAAAACAGCCUGUUCCACCUGCCCAAACAGGUGUGUAUGCCUGUCGCAUCAAAAAGUGGGUAAAGGGGAGAGUAAUUUCAUUUUCAAAACUGAUAGGAGCUCACAAAAUUCAGCCAAUUACACUGUUCAAGGUGUGAUUAGAUUAUGAGACUAAACCAUUAAAAAAAAUACAGAACGGAAGAGUUCACUCUGUACACCUGAGACCGUCUAAAUCCUCUGUUACUGUUACUCCCACGGGCGGAGGAGCUGCUUCACCCACAUGAAAUGACUAACAGGAAAUCAAAGCAAUGUACAAAAAAAAAAAAUCAUCUUUUAAAUGUGGGCAAGUGAACACCGAGGACUCAUCAGCAUUUCUUCUUCUUCUCCUCCCUUUGGUGUUCCCAGUCAUGCUGGAUGCAAUCAGAUAUCAGCCUGGACUGGAAGAAAGUGUACUUUGAAAAGGAUCCUGUCUCUUAAAUAUUCAUUAGCAGACUCUCUGAUCAGCUCCAGAUAAUCAGAAGAAGGUGGUGGAUAGUUAAAAUUUAGGCUUUUUUGAUCAUGUUUAAGAGUUGUAGCUCUUAAGAUUUCAGUCCUGGUUGAUUUUGCAGCAUCCAUAUUUACCUCAACUGUGUUCCAACACUGAUUUAUCCUGUUUAUAGAAGUGUGGCAGAAGAUCCCUGGUACAUCCAUUCAAAGUGCAGCCUCAUUUUAUUAGAAUAUGAUUGGUAAAGUUAUAACACUUCAGUGAUGCACAUUUAAGAAUUAAAUUAAUGUAACAAGGGCUGAAUUUGACUUAAAGUACACAAUUAAAGCCUUUAUUGAUAAACUCAGUUGCUUGCCAGGUGUCAAAAAGGGAAAAUACAACAUUUACACUGCUUUGUUUCAUCAGGUCCAGCUCAACAGGACACUUUCCAGUCAGUAUGUGAUCCGCACACAACCCUCCAACAUCUGUCUCUCCACGCUGGAGUGUGCUGCUGUUGCUCUGUCCAUCCUGGAGCGGAAUGAUGACAUCCAGGAGGUGAGAUCUGAAGUAAUCCCGAUAGUGUGUUCGCGUAGUAGUAUUAUGUGAGUUUUAAUCCCGAGGAGUAAAGAAUGAAACUUUAUGGGACUUAUUUUUCCUGAAGGGGGAAACCCAAACGCUGGCACACUGGGUUAUGACCUUUUUGGGGAAAACUGGUGAAACUGCAGGCAAACUGUUGGUUAUCUGUGUAGAGAGAAGUUUCCCUGAGCUCAUGUUUUUGCAGCUAUACAAUUAAAACAGAGAGGUUAGAGGUAGAUGGCCCAACCUAAACAUUAAAAGACCUUAAAACACUUAAUAAAGCUCAGAAGAAUGACAGAGUUGGAAAACAAUAACUGGAAAACAAUGAAGCAGGACUACCAGAAACAAAAUCCGUGGAAACAUUGAUUUUCUUAUACGAAUUAACAAUGAGAAAAGAGUCUGAUUUAUUACAUUUUUUAUGACUCUUUCUGCACCAUCUGUUUUCCAGGUUCUGCUGAGGCCCCUCAAAGCCCUGUGCUCCUUCCAGCUGCAGCACGGCGCUCAGAUUCAUCACAGCAAGGAGCAUCUGUUAAAGAACGGCAUGUAUGACAAGCCCAUGCCCAAGAACAAACGCAAGAUAAAGAGGAUGGAGAAGCUCGUCACUGAUCACAACAUCUGCCCGAGAUGAGGGGGAGAGACUGGGGAGGGAACAGAGCUCGACUCGUACCUGAUACAGAGCUGUUAGAGCUACACAGGACCGGAUCAUCGGGGCAGCGUGUAACAGCAGCGUCGCAGUGCAGGCACGGAAACAACUGGACUUUUUGGGAAUUUUUAUUCUUUCUCUCUUUGAGUAUUUUAAAAUGCUGGUUAAUUUAAUUUAUGUUUAAGUUAAAGUGUUAGUUUGAGUGUCAUGGCGGGACAAAAAAACCCAGAUUCAGACUUGAUUUGUUUUUAAAACGGUUUACAUUGUUUACAGUGGUUCUGUUGUACCUGACUUUGUGAAUACAGUGGAAUACAUCUUGAAGGGCUAAUUUUCACUGAAGUUUUAUAAAGCUAAAUCUUUGUUGAGAUAUGUAACAAAAUAAAAAUUUCUCCAACAGUUAAUAUUAAGAUUUAUUCAAACUGCUGCUGUAGAAGGCCUACCACAGCUUAUUACUGGAUGUUACUGUACGCUGACGUAAAUCUGGCUGGUAAUGGAGUUUAAAAUUAGCCAAUUAUUGAUUCUCUUUAGUUGUAAAUCAAGCAGGUCAAGUGACUUUUAUUUUAAGUCAUAAUUGGAUUAAAGGAGGUCCACUUAGCCAUUUAGUUCAUCUUCUAACUGCAGAUGUCAUUAAUCAAAUGUACACAAAUUAGCCCCCUAAUUCAAUUAAACCCUUAAAAUACCUAAAAUUAGCGUUCGUCUUUCUCUGCGUUCAAAAUUAAAUGCAAGUAUCAGGAGUCCUAAAAAGAGAGACAACUCUUUACUUGUCCGCAUUUAAUGUUAGUGUCUGUAGUGACCGGACUUUAGGUUGCAUGCUUUUUGGAGGUUUUGCAGGAAUGUUUUUCAAGCAUCAACACUCAUGAAGAGAUUUUAUUGUUCAAUGAGAAGAAACUAAUUUGAACUAAACUUUUAUUUCUUUUAGGAGAAACGAGAUUUAUAAUCCUGAUGAAAUGUCAGGGAUGACAUUUGUGCAAAAGAGAAGAGCAUUUUGAUUAAUCAAAAUAAUGUGUUUUUGAUUCUUUUAUUCAUAAUCGGAUUAAAGAGUAAACUCCUGAAUAUUCCUGUAUUGGUCUAAUGAAACAGGUAACCACUUUUUAAAAAAAAUAUAUAUUUUGGCAUGUAUAACACUAAAGAUUAGAGAUCUAGCAUCUUAAAUUAUUUUAACAUGCUGGAUAAUUAUUAAAAAAAAAAUAGAUUUACAGCUCAGCAAUGUCGAAUUUCUCAAAAGGAUGGUUAUUUGUAUACUCAAAAGUUUUUCCGCAAACUUCUGCUUCAGUGUGACAGGUUACUUUGCCUCCUGCUCACCUAUAUUUUUUAGUUUGAUGGUUGAAAUCUUCCUCCUGACAUGCAGCCAAUACAUUUUCUAUUAGGUUCAGAUCAGGCGAGUUGGCAGGCCAAUCCAAAAUAAGGUCAGUAAACCAUUUGGGAGAAGUUUUGGCACUGUGGGCAGGUGUUAAAUGCUGCUGGAUGAGGGAAUUGGCAGCUUCAUUAAGCUUGUCAGCAUAUGGGAGCAAAAUACAUGUUUUUAAAUAGCUGUUUACUGAAAAUGACAUUCUGGUUUCACUUUCUUUAAUGACUAAUGUAAUGGAAAAAUGCCAAACUUUUUUACAGUGGGCUCAUUUAUGCACACCUGUAUAUUGACAUCAAAUGAAGCCUAUUAAAAUGAAAAUACAUGAAGCU